UUCUAUCAACAAAACACAGCCAAUAAUUUUCAGGGAACUGUUUACUGCUGUUCAGUUUUACUGGGACUAUCGGUUCGCCAGGAGGGACACCACAGUGAGAUGUCGGAUCGUGCGGUCGCUACAUUUGAGAAACCACUUCAGCAUCUCAGUCUUCCGGACUGGCACAGCAGAUUGAACCAGUUGAAAAAUACGGCAUAUAGCAAACGGUCGGAUGCGUUCGACUUGCGCCACGAUGCCCGGAAUCUUCGGAAUGAAACCCGGAUUCAGAGCUAUUGGGAUACUUACCAUAACAAUGACAAGAUUUCCGAUCGGGUUGCGGAACUGGACCGCUGGCGGCAGACGAUGCGGAUCCUGCUGAAGCGGGUGGAUACCGAGAUUGGUGCUUUAAAGGAGGAAAAAUGCUGCACCGAGCGUGAACUGGAUGCACUGAUUACACCACUGACGGUGGUUACGGAAAGUAUCAGCAUGAGGGACUGCCGUUUGGGGUCGGAAUUGACCUACGAUGAAGGUGAUACGGAACUGAAGAAUGAACUGUGCAUCGUCGAGAACAAUCAACGUCUGCUGCGAGAUCAGAACCAAGGAGCCUGGGAGCAGUUGAACCGACUGCAGGAGGUUAAAUUUAAGUUGGAACUGGAUCUAAAUGACAAGGAUGAAGCUCAGGCCAUCGACCAGCAGCAGCUGGAAGUUGACCAACAUUGUGCUAAUGUAACUUUCAAAACCGAUUCGACUAGAGUACCGAAGGGUUCGUGCACUUACAGUAAUUGGUUGGAAUACUGCGAAGAGUUGGUUUCGUUCACGGAGAAGACUUUGGCGGAUUCCGCAGCGGUACGAGAGUCACUCUUUGCAACCCGUGAAAAAGCUAAAAAUAUUUUGAAGGCUCAACAGGAUCGAACGAGUCACACACUUCGUAAAAGAAUUUUCGAAACACAACGUGCUCGUAAUGAACUUGAGUAUCAACAGGGAAAGAUGAAAGAGGAAAUGGACAAAUGUUCGGUCGAAAUAGAAACUCUGGAACGAGCCUGCAGUGACAAACAGGAAGCUCUGAAAGUGGUCGAAACGCGUCUUGAGAAUCGUACUCAACGGUCCGGUAUGGAACUUUGCAUCGAUGAAUCCUAUCACGGUCUCUGCGAUGAGGUGCACAAACUUCGUGACACCAUCAAAAUUGUCCGGGAAAAAAUCAACGCCACCAAAACGAUGUACAACUGUUUGCACGAACUGGCCAAAAACGUAGACCAGGAUCUCGAAAACAAGCAACAUUCGCUCAUGACCGACAUACGUUCGGUGGAUCUCCGUGCCCGUCUCAAUACCGGAGAAUUCGGGGGAAAGUCAACCCAAACCGACCGAAACAUUCACCUCUCGCGGUUGGAGGAUGAAAUUCCGAAAGCGUAAAUCAACACCUGAUCUUCACUCGAUCCGACCGGGUCAAUGUGUUUAAUCGCGUGUUUCGAUUUUAACAUCACUCUAGUUUUUCACACUUUCGAGAUUGCAUGCAGCGGCAAGCUGCAAGCAAAAAAAAAAAAAAAUAAAACAAACAUCAACCGACAGGUUCACGUGCACUUUUCGCAUGCCACACGUCACACGGCUUUUACUCCGGCACUUGUUUGUACGCUCUGGCCAACAAAUUUGCGGAGGUCGAUGUAAACCAAGUGGAGUUGUGUAUGCGAGUCGCCCCAAAACAACAGCGAAAAAAAUACGAACCCGAAAACCUGAUUUAUAUUGAUUUGGACAUUGAGCACAACAUAAAUAUUCAAUCUAGGUACAUAUCCAAGCGAGGUGUGAAUUUGAAAUAAAUUACUAGUUUUCAAUCAGAAUCGAUCGUGUUCUGCUUUCUACGUUGCUAGCACGGUGUCAGUCAUCCUGAAAAAAAAGGAACCGUACGGAGAACAGGCGCACAAAUGUACUGAGAAAAAAAAUGGUGCAGGAAACGAUAUUCAUUCGAUUAGUCAUUCAUUAAUUAAUCAUUAGCUGGGGGCUGCACUCAGCCAUGCAACGAAG